AGCGUGGGCCGGGAGAGAUCCAAUACGAGCUGGGGCCGGGGCCUGGGCCUCGGUCUCAGUCUCUCCGCAGCUCAUCGCGGCCGCAUGUCCGUCUCCUUGCAGGGGAAGCAGAAGAAGGCGCGGAAGUACGCGGUCAUGAAGCGCAUGAUCAGCCUCCGGGACCAGCGCAUCAACGAAAAGGACCGGGCCAAAGUCCUCGUAAAGAAGAAAGAAGACCCGAGUGCCAUCAAGGAGCGGGAGGUCCCCCAGCAUCCCUCUUGCUUGUUCUUCCAGUAUAAUACACAGCUGGGCCCCCCUUAUCACAUCCUUGUUGACACAAACUUCAUCAACUUCUCCAUAAAAGCCAAGCUGGACCUCGUGCAGUCAAUGAUGGACUGUCUCUAUGCCAAGUGUAUUCCAUGCAUCACAGAUUGUGUCAUGGGGGAAAUUGAGAAGUUGGGACAGAAGUACCGUGUGGCGUUAAGAAUUGCCAAGGACCCUCGUUUCGAACGCUUGCCAUGUAUGCACAAAGGAACCUAUGCAGACGACUGCUUGGUACAGAGGGUCACUCAGCACAAGUGUUACAUUGUGGCCACAGUGGACAAAGAGCUCAAGCGGAGAAUACGGAAAAUCCCAGGAGUACCUAUAAUGUAUAUUUCCCGGCACAGAUACAAUAUCGAGAGGAUGCCAGAUGAUUACGGAGCUCCUCGGUUCUAACCUGACCAGCCAAGCCAUCAAAGCCACGACUCUGAGCUGGGACAAGGAUCUACCUGGUUUCAACCCUCCUGUUUCCUCCUUUGCUGUGACUCUGCUCAGUCAGACUCUGCUGACUGUGGGUGACACUGGACUGACUUCAUAGUCACCAUCUUUUAAGAAAAAGCUGCUUGGAAGAGUGGUUUUAUUCAUCCUUGUUCUUACUUGGCCCCAUUACCUGUAGCUGGGAGAAGCAUAUGGGAAAGAGAGGACAGCAGUGCCCAGAACCUGCAUAACUCUUUUUAUUGGGAGUGUUGGAAAAAGGGAUUUCAGCAUUCCAAAUUAAAUAUUGGUGACACAACUCUGGCUGAGACUGAAAACACAGGAAUUAUAGAAGUUUCUUCUUGCUGCACCUGCAGCAGGACAGGUAUUCCUCUAGGAAACUCCCUCACACCUGCCCCGUGAGCAAAGUGGCACCUGUGUUGUGGAGUAAAGCUGGACCUGCAGCAGUUGGUGUGCCUUCUCUGGCCCAGCCCUCUGGAAGGUUUUCCUUUGGAACUGCUGGGCUUUUGCUCACGUGUGCAAUGCCUGAAGCUGUGUGCCAUAUCCUGCUGAGGUGCCUGUGUCUGCACCAGGCCAGCAGGCAGUCCGUGCUGUGGUGGGGGCAGGGCUGUGCCAGGACACACGCUCCCUCUGCUGUGCUUGGCCUUGCACACCUCAAAGCCUUAUCCCUUCCAUUAGGGGUCAGGGAAGAGGAGGAGUGUAUAAAAUUGUGACAGGCAGGUAUCAGACUGGGAAAUGUAUUAAUUGGGCUGGGAGCAGAGUCAGUGGGGGGAAUCAGAGCAAUGGCUGUGGAUCAAGACAGUCUCACAGAGACCUGCAGCAUUUGCUGCAGGGAAGGAAGUGGUUAGAGGAGGGGGAAAAGAAAUGGUUAAGCCACAUGGAGAAAUGCAGGGGGAAAAAUAUUCAUAGCCAUACCCCUGCAUUCUCAUAUUUUCUGCAUUCCUCUUUCAUUUUUAGCAAUAUAAUUUGCUCUUUUGAUCUCUGCUCUGUGGUAAGAAUUAUCUCAGGACUGAGAGGCGAGAGACAAUAUGAGGAUCACCAGAGCCCAGUGUGCCAAAGUGUGCUUCUUGGCCAAAAUGCUGGAGUUUAGGUAUAGUAAAGGGAGAGACUGAAAAUGUUUAUUCUUGGUACAAUCAUUUCCUAUCUUUGGAAAAUGCCUUGACAUGCCAAUAACUUUCUGGCCAGCACCCUGCCUCUACACAUAUGGCAGGAAACCUUGGGAACAUAUCAGACUUCCCCCUUGUACCAUCUCCCUGCUUGCUGCAGGCUUACCUACUAAAGCCAUUCCUGAAAUAACAGCAUACUGAGACUUCAAAAACAUAGCCCCUUCCAAGUUGUUACAAUUGAAGCUUAUAUUCUACCUUCAGCCAGGAACAGGGUAGCCAAAAACCCUGAGUUUUUACACUCGGUAUAUAAUUGUACAUUUCAAAAAUAACAUCCCUGGGUUUCUUCUCUUUAUCCAAGUCACAUUUCUUUAAGCUAAAUGUUUGUGUAUUGUCAUGAACACUUGAGGGCUAUGUUUAGUCAAAUGAGAACUGAGAAACAAACUGUAGGAUUAGAUUUGUGUAACUUAGUUUUUGGAGAAAAACUCAUGGACACACAUGGUAAUAUUUGAUAGAAGUCUUUCUGGUGCUAGAGAAGAGGUCAAAUACAAAGCAACAUGAUGAAUUUGGGGAAUGUCUGCCUGCCAGUAGAAUGCCUGUUGGAGGGACUUCAGGAAAAUAUAUGUACAUAGCAUAUAUUCCUAUAUAUUCCCACAUGGGUGGGAAAUGUACCCAUUUAAGAAGUCUUUUGUUCCUUAAAUUAUCAGUUCUUGUAACUUGCCUUAUUUCACCAACAGGAGGAAGAACCUGGAAUAAGCAUAAGAUAAUUGCUAAAGAAAUGUUAGGAGAGUUGAAGGAUGAGCAGCAGAGAGGAAGUAUUGGUGUUAGUGAGUCAACUAAUCUGGAAAUUUUCAUUAAUUGAGUGUAAUCAGCAAGACAGAAAAAAAUCGGGUAUUAACUCAAAGAGGCUGGUGAGAAGACAACCGGGACAGGAAAGGACCACCUGAAUCAUAAACUGCUUCCCCUGCAGUCCCAGGGAACACAUGUACCAGACACUUGAUGCAGAAGAAAGUGUUUACUCCAUGCACUCCAUGGCAUCCAAGCAUCAGGUCCAACUUUCAAUAUGAUAAAGUAGGAAAGAUCAUUAUAACAGGAAAGAGUUUGGUAAGCGAGAGUGCUUUGAUGUUCCUACGGAUGCAGAACUCUGCCAGUCGAAACCAGAAGACAAAUUCCUUCCAGACCCAACCCUGGCAGCUGGUUUAAACCUGCACAGGAGUUAGGUAUCAGAUGCCUGCAGUGUUUCUCAGUAACUAGGGAAUCCAGCCUCCCUCCUAACAUCUUGUUUCUUGCUGUAGGCAGUUUUCACAGAUGAAGUAGAACAAUCAGAAGAGGCACAAAAAAAGGUCUGAAGCUAUGCAAAGAAUGGGAGAAAAUAAUGUCUGCUUCUUUCUGGAGGCCAUGGGAGAUUGCUGCAGUGUUACUGCCAGAUGAAGUGAAGAAACUGAAGCUGCUGAUCUGAGAUAUGACACUGGUUAAUUGAGAGAUAACUGAGCUGUGGUGGAAUAGCAUUUAGAAGCAAGAAAUGCAUGAAUUAUUUAAAAAAUGAACUAAAACCAGCAUGAUGACAUACAUUAAUAUUACAGACUGUAAAAGAAUAAAAAGGUAUAAUUACACACUUAACAGAGUUGCUUUAGGACAGGGUAUUGGGUAAAACCAAUGUAUCUUGGCUAGCAGGAGUCAAGUUUACCGCUGCCCAAACCAGAUUUGGAGAUUGACAAAAGCAUCUGUCAAGUUAUUCAGAAAUUACAUUUCAGCGUCCUCACUGUAGGCUGGAAAACAAUUGCAACUGAAAAUGGCUGAAUACCUGUAUUUCUUCAUAAGGGAAAUAACAGGUUUCUUCACAAUGUUGAGUAACCACAUCGAACAGCAAGCUUAUUGGUAGAAACCUGUCUGCAGGAAAUAAUAAACUGAUCCAAGAGCAUUCACUUUGAAUGAAUUGAUCAGGAGUAUAAAUCAAAGGAUGUUUGCAACAGGAAUUCCUUGUUUUGAAAAGAUAGACUUUCAAAAGCUUAGUUAGUAAGCUGGUCCAAAGAGCUUGGAGAUACAAAUGUUAAGUACUUGUACAAAGUGGAGGAGAUUGGGGCUGAAAGUACAAACGUUAUCUGGAAGUCAUAUUCACUGCAAAAGAAACCAUAGAGGAGCACCAGCCUAUCAGAAAAGGAACAAUAAUCACCUCUAUAUGAAAAGAAAGGAUACUAAAGAAUAGAAAAGAUAGUUUUAUAUCUAUAUUAAAUUAUUGAAGAUUUUUUAAAAAGAUUUGCAUAUCAUAACGUGAGUUAAAGCUUUUCUUGUAGACUUGUGCUGUAUCACCUCUGCAGAGUCCCUGGAAUUUAACAACAAAUGAACACAAAGUCCAGUUUUUCCAAGAGGGGACAAAAGCUUUUUCUCUAACCAGUUUUUGUGAUUUUUUUCUUCCUGACUGGACUUUUUUCCAACACCUGCCUUUCUGCACUGGUCAGGGACCCUCGAUUCACCAAACGGAACUAGAGACUGAACAUGAGAAAAAUUGCUCAGGUCUUCUGUGUAUGGGAAGGAGAAAAAGCAGCAGGACACCACAAGCCUGGCACACUGCUGACCAGAACCAGUUCACACACACAAGUCCUAGUAUCUUUUCUCUGAAAUGGGUGUUCAUCACUUUGCAUAGAUCUUUGCUGGCUGGCUACAGAACACAUUUGUAUGUUUAACUCAUACUUUAGUGCGGGAAGAAACACAAUAAAAAAGUAUUCCUUCCUCCUCA